AUGGGUAACAUGCUGUCAGCAUUUGCAAAGGAGCUGCCUGCCUGGAUUAUCUUCACUGGGAUCUUCCUGCCAGUGGUUUUGCUCCUAUUGUUGCUCAUUGCCUACUUCAGGAUCAAGCUGAUAGAGGUUAACGAGGAAUUGGCCAUGAUCGAUGAUCCCACAAAUGCCAUGCUGAACUGCCACAUCCGGUACCAGAAACUGAGAUCUGAAAGAAAGAGAUUAAUCAAAAGAACACAAUGACAUUUAAGGGAGUUUCGCCUCAGAAAACAGGUUUGACAUGAGCAGUCAACUCAGGAGGUUUAAAAAUAACCUGUUGUAUUACAAAAGUCAUGGGGGAAACAAAAUGAUGGGAAGUUAGUGCAGAACAGUACAAAUGAAGCAGCUGCUGCUAUCUGAAAAGGGCUUGUAACAGUUUUGCUUUCUCUACAUGAUACUUAGUAAGCAACACUUCUCUGAACUCAUCAGCACCUGUGACUUAAUGCAAUGUACUUCAUUGGUUGGCUUCGGAGACACAGCAUUUGGGAAAAAACCUCAUUGCUCACUAUUCCUUAGAUGCUUAUAUCAAGUAGA